CAUUGAUGACAACGAAACCGACAGCAGCGUUCUUUUCAAGAAAUAAGUUUAUAUCGAAUGUUGAGCCAUCAAUAGAAGAAUUAUUUUUAUUUGAUGAAAAGAAACGUCGUCGUCGUCGUCGCCGCCGCCGACAAAAUGCCGAUACAGUAAUACAUCAACAAUGUGCACGGGAAAUCGAUGGUCCAUUAUAUGGGUAUGAUCAAACACAUUGCUAUUGUAAUUCUAAUCAAUGUAAUUCAAAUAUUCAACGAUGUAUUUACGAAGUAACGUCAAAGCGACAUUUCUCCUGUUACCAUGGUACUAAUUCCAGUCAAUAUCCUGUGGAAAUUCUUCACAAAUGUCGAAGCUGUCGAAUAUACAAGGAUUUCUAUUCAAUUUAUCAUUACGAAUGUUUAACAUUCGGCGAACGCGAACAAAACAAUAGAACUCAUUGUACUUGUCAAAGACCCAUGUGUAAUCAGGACGCUUCAACUUGUCAACGACUACAACAAGCACCAUCUCGACCGCGAACAAAUCCAGUUUACACAACAAUUUCGAACUCAACCAUAUCAACAUCUACGAGCAAAUCGACAGCUACUUUCCCAAUUCGAACGAUUAGUACAAAACUCUUUACAACGACUAUUCCAAUAACAACAUCAACGACAAUUCUUACUACCACUACCGUGACAACUGAUUCUACCUCCAGCACUCCUAUUACUACUACUACUACUACUAUCAGCAGUACUUUUUUUUCUUCUACAACUACCACUCUGAUUACUAGCACAACAACUAUAAGUUCAACUUCCAAUCCUACUACAAUCAGUGAAACAACGAUGGCUGAUGCAGAAACAACGUUAAUAACUGCCACUCCAUUAGCGACAACAUUAUCGACCUCAUUUGAAACUGAAGAAGGAACUUUAGACGUGAAUUCAACAGCUUUUGAGGUAACAACAUUAAAUGAGACAACAACAUCUUUUAUUGAGAUCAAACAUCUGAAGACAGUGUAUAUUGAAGUAAAAAAUCGUGGAACUAAUUUAUCAACAAGUCUCUUUCUUAACUUUUAUUUUAUUUCGAACAUUUUCAUUUCCUUUUAUUUAUUCGAUGUGAUCGCUAGUUCUAUCUCUUAG